AUGCCAAGUGCCAUCUCACACCUCAAUCUCCUUCAUAACCAACAGGAAGUUACUAAGUCAUGGCCUCAAGGCUUUUUUGACGCCGCAGCCAACGGCCCUACAUCACAGCUCGGCGAUUCGCUCAAGUCAGGCACUAUUUGGACACAUGAGUUUCAGGACUUCACUCUUCCCUGCGGUUUCCUAGCAGAAAGGUACAUCAAGAAAGGGGAGGCUGCCACUUGGAAUCGGCAAGUCAAUCGACGUAUGGAGUGGCUCCGUAAGCUUCGCGUCAUGGGUCGUGUUCGGUUGCAUGCUGAUCCUGAUGGUCUUCCUGGCUACCAUAGCAUGCCCUUGGAGGACAAGGCCCACAUCCUCACCGACGGAGAGAUGAAGGAUAUGGUGCGUCGAGCGCUGGAGGAUCCCGCCAACCGACUUUAA